GCUAUGGCCACAGUCAGCAUGACUGGUGACUUAGUGAUGCCAUGGGAUAUCGCGCCCUUCAGAGACAUAUUUGGGAGCCCAUCGCCUGUGCUUCCGCGGAUGGUUGUGACCUCGAAUGAACUUGAUCUUGCUCGGGCACCUGCUGUGGACACGCAAGCACGUGGGCCUGAAUUUCCAGUCCAUCAAGCUGUCUACAUGUCGGUUGCCAGGCUGAUGGUUUUCUCGGCAAAGAGAUGUACACCUGAGGAUAGACGUGAGUUGGUAUGUAAAGGUUUUCUUGAUGUCCUUACGAGAUACCCGCGUGGGUCGACUUUGGGGCCAAUGCUUGAGGCAGCCACAUCUUACGUCGAGCAGUUGGCCAUCGUCUCAGAGACACUCGCUGGGAAAGCCAAUACGACCCUUGAAGCACGGCUGCGCCAGCUCAGGAAGUACCUCCGGAAUCUUGUUGAUGAUGGCUGUGAGGAACCUCUUCCUAUUACAGCCCAUUUUUUCCGAGUUCACCUAAAGGUGUUGCUCAAGCAAAAGGUCUCCCCAACGGCAAUCGAGGCUGCCUUUGAAGUCGUCAACUUCGCGAAGCAUGUUCUGGGAGUUACAGUUGAGCCAUCAACAUUGGACACUCCGUGGGCACGUGGUAUCCUUCGGGGUGCUCGCCAGGAUCGACCUCAGCGAAAGCAGGCUCGUGCAUUGACGGUACAGGAGCUGCUGCUUCUUGAGGCUUUUCUUCGAGAUGCAUCGGCACGUAUUGAGGACAGGUACGCGUGUGGGUGCUUCCUCUUUUGCACUUACGCGCGGGCACGCUGGGGUGAUGUCAUUUCUGUGUCGCAGUUCCUUCAAGAUUUCAUUAGUGAUGGUGGCGCAGUUUGUGGUGGCUACGUGGAACUACAAAGUCACUCGCAUAAGCUGCGCAGGAAACAUGGUGCUAUGCCACUGGUGGCACCUGUUUUUGGUGUGGGCGCGACUCCAUGGGCUGUUGAGUGGUUGAAGGUCUCUCAGACGUGUGGCUGUCCCCUGCAGGCCAUUGGACAAAAUCCUGUUGCACUCCUGCAGCUACCCUCCAUCGAAGGCGGGUGGAGCCAUGAGCCUUGUGUUACGAAGGACGCACGAUGCUGGCUGCGCUCACUUUUGGAGCGCCUGGUUGGGCCGCUUUUUCCUUGGUCGCCACCAGGUGCACAUUCGAUGAAGGCGACCCUUUUAGCCAUGCUAGCAAAAUUUGGAGCUUCUGAGGCCGACCGCCUCGUGCUGGGCCACCAUUCUGACCUCACCGGCAGUUUGGCAGUGUACAGCCGUGACCUGCAGGCAAAACCCUUGCGAGCCCUGGAAGCCUGCCUUGCUGCUGUCAGGGCGAAGACGUUUCUGCCAGAUGUUAGUCGGUCUGGGUAUUUCCCGGUCUCGUGGAGUGUCUCAGGUGGGGAGGCUGUCGAGAGUGGAACCUUACCGGAAAGUAUCCUACCUGGUGUGCCUGCAGAAUUUUUCGGCCCGGCUGCCCUUUCAGAUGGCGUAGCAAGCUCACGAGUUCAGCUGGAAGCGAGCACUGAGGAUGCCGUGGGACCUCUUGAUGGUGACGAUUUGGAUGGCCCCAUUCCUUCUUGUGCUGACCCUGAGACGGAUCUUCCAUGCGAUGUCCCCGCUAGUUCAGGUCCCCCGCCUCAAGGUGGGGUAGACAGCACAGACGAGAGUUCUUCCUCAUCCUCGUCGGAUUCGAGCAGCGAAGCUGGCGAGGAGCCCCAGGCGAAUGCCCCGGCCCUUCGACCACCUCCAGCGUGGCGUGAGGGAUGCACAGUAUGGAGGCAUUCGAAGACUGGUACCUUGCACUUGGCAGCGAGUUCGACAUCUGCAAUCGGAGGUUUUGUGCUGUUGGCCAAGCGUUGGCAAGUUUUCACCGCGGUGGUGCGCAGCAUACCACGAUUCUCGAGUCCCAUGGCAUCGAUUUUGGAUUCCACUGCCACUUUCGAGACGCGCGCUAAGGAGCAUGGCCUCCCGGCCUCAACAGUGGCCAUUCUGCUAGCCCGCGGGGUUGAUACUCUGAAUAAGGCGGCUUUUGCUGUGGGCACGCCGGGCUCGCAGGCUACUGAAGAGGAGCUUCGUGCACUUGUUGCGCCGCCAGCUACGGCCGAAGAUGAGGAGGAUCGAGCGGAGGUUUCCGCUGGUGUGCUUGCUUCCCUGCGUCGCCUCAUCUUCGAAAGCCAGACCAUGGCCUUGGCCAACCUCAAGUUGCAGGUUGAAGGUGGUGACGCAGAUCGUAAAAAGGACAUGCCAUUGGAAGAGAUUUCAACUCGCCUUAGGGAUCAGAAAGCCAGGCUUCGUGGUCUCGAGUUGUCUGGCGCUCUCGAGGUGAGUCAUUCUGCGUAUCAGCUUGUUUUCCGUAUGUUUCAGGAGAACGCCAUCUCCUACUUGAAGCUUGAGCGCUUUGGGACUAGGGCAGCUGAGGUAGCCCAGGAGCGGUCCCCGAAGGAACUGGUUGUUGAUGCGACGUCACAUCUUCAGGUUCGUAGUGCUCCGGUCCGUGAUGCUUGUGUCCUAUCCUCAGAUUUAGCCCUAGCACAGGCCCUCACCCGGCGCAGCUUGGCACUGGAUCUCGUGGGCCUCGCUUCCUUUGAGCAUGCUGAGAACUGGUCCCGUACGUUGCUGAACCAGCUGCAAAUGCACCCGCCCCCAGGCUUUAGGGCUGCUACACAUGAGCAGCUCCUGCGUGCCGACAGGGCCGCCUUUCAGUACAUGGCCGAGACUUUGUCCACGCUGCGCAAGGACCCUGCGGGCCUGUUGCCCAUGGACGAGGCCUUUCAGCGUUUGCAGGCGCAGCACCAGGUUAUGUUCCACCUCCUGCCUAUGCCGGGGUCCUCUGGCGCAAAAGGAAGCGUGCUGGUAGUGCACCGCCACGUGCCGCAGGAGGAGGCUCUGCCCCCCCUCCACCGGCUUGGUCUGAGUGUCUCUCUGCUGAGCUCUUGCAUCACGGUGCACAGCCCCGCCCUCGCGACCUCCAGGGUCUUGACGUGCACCAUGUGUCUGCUGCUGCCCAAGCGGCGGCCGCUCAGCGCCAACCGCGUUCCAAGUCAAAUCGUCGCCGUCUGUGGCUCUGCUUCCGAGAGGUCGGGCCUCACAGCGUACACUAAAGGUCGAGAGAAAGCUGUUGGUGUCAUCAACUCUUUUGCGAAGGCCUUGUUGCCGCAUGCCACUUGGACCUCGAUUGCUGUGUCGCAUAACGAGCUCGCGUUGCCACACAGGGAUAGCUCCAAUGAGGUAGGCUCCUUGAACCACUCGAUGACGCUGGGAAGUUUUACUGCUGGCCGCCUUUUCCUCGCAGGUGGUGGCGGUGACGACCUCCUCAGCGACGCGACAGGAGUGGAACAUCGUGGGUUCUAUGUUGACAACCAUGCCAGGUUCGCCACCUUUGACGCAAGGUCUGUGCUGCAUGCAACUGAGGAGUGGCAAGGUGACAG